CGGGAUCAGUCAGUAGUCGCAGCCCAGUUCCGGACUUACGCCCCUCCGGUCUUCACUAGAGAAGAGGGCCCGUUGGCCGUAGGAGACUGGAUCCGCAAGAUGGAUCGUAUUUUCCGGAUGAUGGGCAUAUUCGACCAGCACAUGGUCUCUUGUGUCGAGUUUCAGAUAGAGGGUGCGGCCGGAGACUGGUGGGACGACUACUGGCGUCUCAGGACAGCUGACGAGCGAGACCAGCUGACUUGGGAUCAGCUUAAGGGGAUUUUGGAGGCCAAGUACUACCCUCGACACUUUCGCGAGAGGAUGGAGCGAGAGUUCUAUGAAUUGCUUCAGGGAGACCGCUCGGUUGAGGAGUACGAGCGGGAGUUCGCUCGUAAGAGCGCCUUUGCACGCCAUCUUGUGGACACUGACGACAAGAAGGCCUCCC